AUGCCCGAACAACAGCUCUCCAGUUCACGCAAACACCCCGUCGACUAUCUUCGCUGUUGCGAUCUGAGGACCUUGAAGGACGUAAAGCUGUUUACCAGACACGGUGGUCCAGAUCUGUCGGGCCUGAGGAAUAGCCGACAACAGGGUUUAGUGAAUCCCCCAAGCACUGAGCCCACCACGAAUACUAUAAAAAUAAAGAGCACCGGGGAUUUGAAAUGUAUAUUGGCACAACCUCGACCAUCUCUUUCACCAUCUAAAUUCGCUGAUGAAGAACAUGAAAGAUUUGCGCGGGCAGACGCGCAUGCCGCCAAAGAAAAGCAAGUAUCAGAAUUGGUGAUUCCCAUCACCGAAGGCAAGAUCGCGGACGCUAGGUGCCACUCGGGAGGAAUCCCGUUCACCAACCUCAUCCCCCUGACGGACGGCACGCUUAAACCGGGAACCCAGACCCUGUUUCCGACAACAAUGCCUAUACCAUUACGUCGAUUUAUAUGCGGGAAAGGCGAGCCUGUUUCCGACAACAACGCUUAUACCACUACGUCGAUUUAUCACGACGGCCAGCUCAAGAUGUACACCAGCCACCCUGCUCAGCCAACUAGUGCCGGAGGCGGGCCUGAAUAUUACGUGACUCAACUCAACACCUGGGGCAUAACUGGCAACCCUGAAUCCUUCCGGCAGGGAGCUACUGCGUACAGAAAUGCAAGAGACUGGGCAAAAGAGCAGAUAGACAAGGCCAUUCAACAAGCGAACGAGAGAGCUAACCCGCCUUAUGGAAAGCGACGCAAUACUGACGUUAGCGGUGCUGAAGAAAGCUGGUCAAAGAGAGAAGAAAUGGAAGUGGUGGACAUCGGCAACCGGAGAACUCCUCUCAAUGACGAACUGCGACAUAACGCUACGUUGAGCAAGGCGGAAAAGGCGGUGCAAAAAAAGAUAGGCACCGAGCAUGCGAGAAGACGACGUUCGUAG